AUGGGAGAGCUCAACUUCUUUUUUGGUCUCCAAAUAAAGCAACAAAAGGAUGGGAUAUUCAUAAAUCAAGCUAAAUAUUGCAAGAAGUUACUCAAAAAAUUUGGAAUGGACAACUCCAAGGCCAUUGACACUCCCAUGGGUACAUCUUGCUCUUUAGACAAAGAUGAAGGAGGUAAAUCCAUAGAAAUUACUAAAUAUCGAGGCACAUCACAAAUGGGAUUAUGGUACCCUAAGGCUGCAUCAUAUGAGUUAAUAGGCUAUUCCGAUUCCGAUUUUGCGGGAUGUAAAUUGGAUAGGAAGAGCACUAGUGGCACUUGCCACUUUCUUGGUUGCUCUUUAGUAUCUUGGCAUAGCAAGAAACAAAAUAGUGUGGCUUUGUCCACGGGCGAAGUCGAAUAUGUGGCGGCAAAAAAUUGUUGCACUCAAAUCAUUUGGAUGAAACAACAACUCAAGGACUUUGGGGUUGAACUUGAUCACAUCCCCAUAAGCAUUCAUGUUGCUUCUGCAUUUUCAUCUUUGGAAAGUGGAAAACCUGUGUAUUCAGUGAAAUUUAUUUUGGUUCGGUCCUAUACUAGCACAUUUGAAUAA